AGACCAGCAGAAGAAGUCGUACAGUGUUCUUCUUCCCCGAAAGAAAAAAAAAGACAAACAGAAAAAGAAAACGGAGAAAAAUGAUCGCUGCCCCCGACGACGGCGCCAUCCCGGCCGGAGCGCCGCCGCCGCCGGCUCCAGAGGAGGCGAAAACUCCGGCGUACAGGUCGGUGGUACUCGGCGGCACCUUCGACCGCCUCCACGACGGCCACCGCCGCCUUCUCAAGGCCUCGGCGGAUUUGGCGAGCGAUCGGAUCGUGGUCGGCGUCUGCACGGGGCCCAUGCUCGUCAAGAAGGAGUAUGCCGAGCUGAUUGAGGCCGUCGAGAAGCGCAUCAAGGCCGUGGAGAAUUACAUCAAGUCUAUUAAACCAGAACUGAUAGUACAAGUGGAGCCUAUUGAUGAUCCUUAUGGUCCAUCCAUUACUGAUGAUAAGUUGGAUGCCAUUAUUGUCAGCAAGGAGACAUUAAAUGGUGGACUUGCUGUAAAUGGAAAAAGAGAAGAGAAAGGGCUGCCACUGUUGAAGGUUGAGGUUGUUGAUCUCCUUUCUGGAGGUGUGGAGGGGGAGAAAUUGAGUUCGUCUGCUUUAAGGAAGCUUGAGGCCGAGCAAGCCAAACAACGCAAAAUAAAAAUUGCUAACCAUGAAGCUUCUUAUGGAGGAAAAAGAAUACUUGAAUCUGGUUAGCUGAAUGCACAAAUCCUGGGUGAUCUACCCCAAGCUCGUUCAACAAAAAGUGAUCAGAGCGGGCAGUUUGGUUAUCUCUCUGGAGGAAUAAUCUUCUAACAUCGGCCCAUGGCCCUGUAACAGUGUUAUUCUAACCUUAUUAACUCAAUUUGGGCAACAUGGAUUCUUCUCCACUAAUCAAAUUUACAGAUUUUGUAUUGGCAUUGCCAUCUGAAUGUAAAAAGGAAGUCCCCUUGGGGUUGUCUAGAAUAGUGGCAAAACUACAAAUGAAUAUGGUGCACCUUUUGUCAUGUACUCAUGUGAUGUGUACUUCAUAAGAACUCAUGCAAUAUAACUAAUCAUUAUGCUCU